AUGUUUGGUCACCAUACCCAACCCGAGAUUAACCCUAAUCAGAUCGGUAGCAGCUCCGCCACCGUUGGCGAAGACCAUGUCUCUACCUCCGCAACCUCCGCCGGUCACAUUCCUUACGACGAUAUGGACGAUAUCCCUCAUCCCGAUUCCAUCUAUGCCGCCUCCGAUUUGAUCCCCGAUGGCUCUCACUUGGUUCCUCACCGAUUCGAGGGCUCUGAAUUGCUAGGUUCCCGGCCGAUGGAAGGAGCUAAUGAGCUAACGAUCUCGUUCUGUGGUCAGGUUUACGUUUUCGAUGCUGUUGGUCCUGAAAAGAUUAAUACUUUGCGUAUUGGUAGUUGA